CCUCGUCAAACCAAGCCACAUGCGGCCUGAGGAAUAACUCGCUGCCCCUCCAAACAAUUACAUUGGUGAUAAUUUUUAACCAACUUUAUCGGCCUCAAUAUUUUGGAGUCAACCUUCCGCCGUAAACAUCCCGAUAUACAAUAUUACGCAGUCAAUAUGGCCGAAUACGAUCUUUUACCCAAGUUGAUCGGUCACCUUGACCGUCACCUUGUAUUCCCCCUCCUCGAAUUCGCAGCCGGCCAACUCCCCGAGGACGCCGAUGAUGCCGCGGUCCUUGCUAUUACAAAAGCCAAAUAUGAACUUCUUAAGACGACAAAUAUGACCGAUUUCGUCGGAAACCUUAAGGCAGAACUCGAUGGUCUAGAUCAACCACCUGCAGAGUUUAACGACAAGCGACAAAAAGUUAUCUCGCGUCUAGAACAGUUCGAGGAGAGCACCAGCAAGCUCGUCGAUUUACUAGGCCGCGAAGAUGUUGUCGGAAACUUGCGUAGCGACAAGGUGGCUAACCUGGAGUUCCUAAAAAAGGACCAUGAUGUCACCAUCGAAAUGGUUAACGCGCUCUACGACUUUGGCAACUUCCAGUACAGCUGCGGUAACUAUGCCGCCGCUGCUGAUCUUUUAUACCAGUUCCGUGUGCUUUCUACGGAUAAUGAUAAGGUGGCUGCCGCGACGUGGGGAAAGCUCGCAUCUGAGAUUCUCACCACAAAUUGGGAGGGUAGCGUGGAGGAACUGAACAAGGUUAAGGAGAACAUUGACACCAAGUUGUUCAACAACCCCUUGGCCCAAUUGAGUCAACGUACCUGGCUUAUCCACUGGGCCUUGUUUCCUCUCUUCAACGACGAUCGCACUCGCGACACAAUUCUAGAUCUGUUCUUCAGCCCCGCUUAUAUCAACACCAUCCAGACCAGCUGUCCCUGGAUCCUUCGUUACCUCACUGCUGCCGUUAUUACAGGUCGCAGCCGAGCUCGGAACUCCGGUCAGUACCAGAAGCAGCUCAAAGAUAUUAUACGCAUCGUUAAGCAGGAGGCGUACGAGUACAGCGACCCUGUGACCGACUUUGUGCGAGCGCUCUACAUUGACUUCGACUUCGAGGAAGCGCAACGGCAGCUUUCCCUCGCUGAGGAGAUCUUGCGUUCUGACUUCUUCCUAUUCUCCACCGCCGAUGCCUUUGUUGACUCUGCGCGACACCUUAUCUCUGAGAGCUACUGCAAGAUCCAUGCUCGCAUCGAUAUCAAGGACCUAAGCGCACGUCUAGGUCUCGGUGAGGACGAGGGUGAGAAGUGGAUCGUGAAUCUUAUCCGUGAUACCAGAGUUGAUGCGAAGAUUGAUUAUAAGGAGGGCACAGUCGUUAUGAACCACCCCCCGAGCUCUGUUUACCAGCAAGUCAUCGAACGCACCAAGGGAGGUUUCUUCCGUACACAGGUGCUCAGCGCAGCCGUCGCAAGAUAGGAGCCGAGUGAUGGUGAGACAUGUGACGAUUAACAAUGGAUACCCAUUAAAUUAGACAUGAUAAUGCGCGCCGGUGGAUCAAAAGCAAGAGAGCAAAAGAUUCAUGGGACUUAUAUCGACGGCAUGCAUCAACGGCGUUUUUGGGGUUUCUGGUACAGCCAAGUGUACUUGGCGGUAAAUCUGUAAGGUAGCAUGGAUUUACAAAAAGAACAAAUUCUUUUAUUUUAUCUCUUCGCCGGCUCGUCUUACCAAAUGUGCUUAAAACACCCCACGUCUUCAGCGUAUGAGAUGAAAGUAUUAUGUGUAAAUUGGGG